UCUCUCCCCUUUCAUAUGGAUGUUCAAUAGUCAUCAAGCUAUACUCAUCAUUCUUUGCCACCCAUCUCUCCAGUCAAUCGUACACUAUCUCUUCGACUCAGCAUAGCUUAUACAUCACCCCGUGAGCAUGUCCCCAUCAGCCAUAUCCUCUAAGUACAGCAACUACAACGGGACUCCGGAUUACGCUCUUCAGUCCUCCGAGGUUUCCAACUUCAAUGGCUAUGACCACGUAACAUGGUGGGUGGGCAACGCCAAGCAGGCUGCCUCCUACUACAACACUGUCUUCGGCUUCAAGACUCUCGCAUAUCGCGGCCUUGAGACCGGCAGCCGGUACUUUGCUUCAUACGUCGUUGGCAACGCGGAUGUCCGCUUUGUCUUCACCUCCCCCAUUCGCUCCCAGAAGUGUCUCCCCGAGGAGGAGCCCAUCUCGGAUGCGGACCGCAAGCUCCUUCAGGAGUGCCAUGAACACCUGGAGAAGCACGGCGACGCCGUCAAGGACGUAGCCUUCGAAGUCGACAAUGUGGACGGCGUCUUCCACAAGGCCGUUGCCGCUGGCGCCGACGUUGUCCAGGAGCCCACCACGCUCACCGACAAGAUGCACGGCAGCGUCCGCACCGCCGUCAUCCGUACCUACGGCGACACCACGCACACCCUGAUCUCCCGGGCGGACUACAACGGUCCCUUCCUGCCCGGCUUCCGUACCGCUGCCCCCUCCUCCGCCACGGUCCAGCUCCCCAGCGUUCCCCUGGCCCGCAUCGACCACUGCGUCGGCAACCAAGACUGGAACGAGAUGGUCUCCGCCUGCGCCUUCUACGAGCAGUGUCUCUCUUUCCACCGCUUCUGGUCGGUAGACGACUCGCAGAUCUGCACCGAGUUCUCGGCUCUGAACUCAAUCGUCAUGGCGUCCGAGAACAAUCUGGUCAAGAUGCCCAUCAACGAGCCCGCGCCCGGCAAAAAGAAGUCCCAGAUUGAGGAAUACGUCGUCUUCAACUCGGGCGCCGGAGUGCAGCACAUUGCCCUGCUGACGCCCGACAUCAUCUCCACCGUCAGCGCCAUGCGCGCCCGCGGCGUCGAGUUCAUCAACGUGCCCUCCACCUACUAUGACACCAUCCGCCAGCGCCUCAAGACGGAGAAGCGUGGGUGGGAGCUCAAGGAGGACCUGGACACCAUCCAGAAGCUUAACAUUCUGAUCGAUUAUGACGAAGGUGGUUACCUGCUGCAGCUGUUUACCAAGCCGUUGAUGGACCGCCCGACUGUUUUCAUAGAAAUUAUCCAGAGAAACAACUUUGAGGGCUUCGGCGCUGGUAACUUCAAAAGUCUGUUUGAGGCGAUUGAGAGGGAGCAGGCUGAGCGCGGCAACUUGUAAGGUUGGGAGCGUAAGGUCGGGUGAUGAGAUUGACGAUUCAAAUUUUCUUUUCUUGUAUGAUAUCUUUUUGGCACAAAAGC